AUGAGCGAAGCUAUUGAUAUACCGACUGCUGAUUCUCAGGGCGUCGCCCGUGAGUUGUCUCGGUCUCCCUCUCUGUCGCCGACGCCAGCAAUAUCCUCCUGUCCAUCGCCGGUCCGCACUUUUUCGACCGUCUCGUCCAUCUCGAACUUCUCAGGCGAUGCCAGGUCGUCGGUGCUCUCCUCUGCCUCGACCGGCUCCCGCAGGAGAGGCUACAUCCGUCCUCAGGGUGCCACGUUUGCAGAGUCGGCGAAGAACCGGGAGAGCGUGAUGAGCCUGGGGAGCAUCGCCCAUCUGCAGUACUACUUUGCCCGGACGGGGCUGCUGGACGGGAAAGGUGCUCAGAUGGCCAGAGCGAAGAAGAAGCCUACGGACGCUGAAAUACCGAAGCUCACGCUGAGCCAGGAAGUGCAUCUGGACGGGGAUCUGGUCCAGAGUCCCAUCGAGGCGUUCGGGGAGUUUGGGGGAAUGGACGAUGACGCUGGCGCAUGGGAUGAAUACGAACAUGAACCUCUCAUGCUGCCCCCGACUGUGAGCACAUACAGCAUAAAGACGCAUUAUAUACCGCCGCCACCGGACCUGAACGCCCUGAGACAUGAUCUACAGAAUGCCUUGGAGAAGGCGAGAGACGUCCUGACGGCAAGCAAGGACGAACUUGCAGCCCAGAAGCUGGCAGCGAGUGAGCUCGCUACCAAGGAGGACGGCAGUAACCUACCUGAGAUAGAGGUAGACGAAGACGCAAGCAAUAAGAAAGACGACGACGACGACAACAACAACAGAAGCAACCGCAGCAACAAUAAUAAUAAUGACGAUGAGAAGGACGAGCAGAAGGAGACACCGUCAAAGAAGCAGCCCAAGGGCUGGGAUGAGAUCCAGGGGAUGCACAUACUCGACCUGGUCACUCUGGCCAUACGUGCGGCACGAAUCUACUAUACGGCCCACGAACACCCAGAGCGUCUGGCCCAGAUCAAGAGUGAAAAGGAAAUCAGGGCCGAGCUUCUAUCAGUACUCGAGGUUCUAAAGAGAUGGGCGUCCCGGUCGUUUGCCGGGGGACUCAGGGAUAAGGAGCGGUCGUCCAUCCUCGACUGGAUCGACGGCAUUGGCCGCAUGCUGGAGCAAGAACGCAAGAUAGAAGCCGGAGAGCGCCACAAGCGCAAGAGCUGGACAUGGACAAGCGGCGAUUGGACCGGCCACGAGCGUGAGAGGGAGUAUCAAUUCCUGCAGAACCUGACCCCCCCAGCCGUCACUCCGCUGCCGGCCUGGGAUCCCAUCGACAGCAGCGAGGACAGCAAACAGGAGCUGCCCACGCCCUUCCUGGCCCGUCUGCGGGACGGCCGGGACCUGGUGCGCUUUCACAAUGAGGCCGUCAAGCUGUCAUACCGGCCCUUUGGCGCGAUCAAGACGUUCCACGACGACGUGAACAAGCCGUAUCGGAUGGCAGAUAACCUCCGCUUCUGGGUCAAGGCGGCCGAGAUACGCUGGGAGCUGCGUCUGGAGGUCGAUGUGAUGGCAAUCGUGACCGGAGACAAGCCGGAGGCCUGGAAAGGCUUCGAUGCUGCCAUCCUGCAGUGGUGCCGGACAGUGAGGGAGGAGGUGAUGCAGGACUGGAGCUCCCGCGAGGAGGAGCCUGCAGUCAAGUCUCCCUCGACUCUGUCUCCAUACGGAUGA